AUGAAUUUGCGGGGGCCCCAGGGACCGGUUGACAAGAGCGGGAUUGUUGGGUGUCAAUCAUUUUCUUCCUUGCAAACGAGCUUGAAAAAAUGCGAAAAGCCCUGGAAGCGAGCUGCGGGCUUGGAUUUACUGCGGGAGGCUCGACACUGCUAUUGCUGCAAGGAUUUUGAGGUACAGGAAGUGUUUCAUGACCAACUGCACGAUCAUCAGAUGGCCGCAUGA